GCGAAAGCCAGCGAGGACGAGCUAGAAGGUGGACGACGCCCUGACGAAGAGCAUACAAAUCCCCGGUGCACUUGUCUUUUUACGGGGAAAUCCGGCCUAGGAUGAGCUGAUUGCUGGUGGUGCAUCGUCGCCAUCGUCGCUCCGUGAGGAUGGAUUCGGACUGCGACGCAUUUGACGACGAUGUUUGCGACGAGGACCUGAUGGCGCUGGAUAACCUGGCGUGUAAUGUGCCACCCGCGGCGGUUCAGCGGCCCAGGCCGACAAUCAACUCCCGGCGGCAGCGCCUCCAGGCAGACCCCAAGUCCACGGCAACGGCAGCAGUGGCAGCAGCGGCGUCAUCGUCUGCGCGCUCGGGAGGAGGCUUGGACGACCUGGACGGAAUCCCGUCUGAUGCUUUUGACAGUUCCCCAGAGCCAGCGGUGGCCCCACCGCCGGCAAACAAGCAGCCUCGGGUCUUCCACCAGACCACCCUCUCAGGCCGGCCCCUGGCGGACAGUGGCCCCUCGCAGGCGCAGCGACCCGGCGCCGGGCGGACCUACCGCGGCGACAUGCCGGCCGAGCCGCCAACACACCAUGAGCUAGACAACGAGGCCCUCAAGACGUGGGUCUACCCCAUGAACCUGGGGGCCAUCCGUGACUACCAGUUCAGCAUCGUUAAGAACGGGCUGUUCAGCAACACCUUGGUGGCACUCCCCACAGGUCUCGGCAAGACCUUCAUCGCCGCGACCGUCAUGCUGAACUACUACCGCUGGACGCGCAACGCCAAGAUUGUCUUCGUUGCUCCCACCAAGCCCCUGGCAUCCCAACAGGUGGAAGCAUGCCUGAGUAUCGCUGGAAUUCCGCGCUCGGCGGCCACUCUGCUUACGGGCGAGGUCAAGCCCGCACUGCGCGAGGAAGAGUGGGAGUGCAGGCGGCUCUUCUUUAUGACGCCGCAGACGCUCAUGAACGACCUCUCAAAGGGAUAUGCAGACCCCAAGAAGAUUGUGCUCCUGGUCGUGGACGAGGCCCACCGCGCCACGGGCGACUACGCCUAUGUUAAAGUUAUUGACUUUAUCCGCCGCUUCUCCAAGAGCUUCCGUGUGCUCGCACUCACCGCCACUCCCGGCUCGACCGUCGAGGGUGUGCAGGCCGUGAUCGACAAUCUCGGGGUGUCUCACGUCGAGAUCAGGACCGAGGAGUCCAUCGAUAUACGGAGCUACGUUCAUUCGCGUGAGAUUGACCGUGUCGUUCUGGAGCCGUCGGACGAGAUGCUGCGGCUGAUGGAGCUGUUCUCCCAGGCACUCAAGCCGCUCACGUCCAAGAUCAGCCAGGCAAAUAUAUACUACGGCCGCGACCCAACGUCCAUCACUACAUUCGGUCUUAUGAAGGCACGCCAGGACUGGUUCAACGGCCCGGGCCGGCAUGCGAACCAGGGCACCAAGAUGAUGUUGAUGGCCAUAUUUACCAUCCUCCAGGGCCUGGCACACGCCAUAAAACUACUCAACUUCCACGGCAUCAGGCCUUUCUACGAGAAUCUAGCCGCUUUUAGGGCUGAGACUGAGGAGAAGGGGCAGAAGGGUUCCAAGUACAAACGCCAGAUUCUUGCGGACGCUGGCUUUCAGGAGAUGAUGGAAAUAGCAUCGAAUUGGUUGAAGCUGCCCGACUUUGUCGGCCAUCCCAAGCUGACGCAUCUCUGCGACACCCUGCUCAACCAUUUCAUGGACGCAGGUGAAGGCUCCAACACGCGCGUCAUCGUCUUCAGCGAGUACCGAGACAGUGCUGAGGAGAUUGUAAGGGUGCUCAACAUGCACAAGCCCAUGGUCAACGCCUCCCUCUUUGUCGGACAGGCCGACUCCAAGAAGAGCGAGGGCAUGAAGCAGAAGCAGCAGAUCGAGACGAUUGAAAAGUUCAGGAGCGGAACCUUCAACGUCCUUGUCGCCACAUCCAUUGGCGAGGAAGGACUCGACAUUGGCCAGGUCGACCUCAUCAUAUGCUACGAUGCCUCGUCGUCGCCCAUUCGAAUGCUCCAGCGCAUGGGGCGGACAGGCCGCAAGAGGGCAGGCAAGAUCACGCUGCUUCUCAUGAAAGGCAAAGAGGAAGACAAGUACAACCAGGCGCAGGACAACUACGAGAAGAUGCAGCACCUCAUCUGCGAGGGCAGCAGGUUCAACUUCAGGUACGACCUGUCUUCCAGAAUCGUCCCCAGGGACGUGAAGCCCGAGGUCGACAAACGGAUCGUCGAGAUUCCCGUGGAGAAUACCCAGAACACGGCGCCGCCGGAACCAAAGAGCCGGGCCGCUCGUGCCAAGAAGCCCAGCAAGAAGAAAUUCAAUAUGCCCGAUGGAGUGGAGACGGGCUUCACAUUGGCAUCCAUGCUCGGCAAGGCGACUGCGGCACCAUCGAAGCAGCCUAAGCAGGCAAAGACGGUUCAGAAAGCGGUGGCCCAGAAACCCGCGCUGCCGAAAGAGGAGGACGACCUAACCCCGGUUCCGACGCUUGAGGGCGUUCUUUUGAACAGCACGCAGCUGGCUGAGCUCAACAGGCAGUACAGACACCUCCCGUUUUAUCAGAAUCACGCCGAGGAGAUAAGUAUGCCGAGCCUGGCAGCUUACCCGGCACUGCAGCGAACAUUACGACCCAGUGUUCAUAUCAAGCAUGGGUCGUAUACUAGGCGCUGUGUGAGACUGUUCAAAAGGCUGUCCGAGUCCCGGGGGCAGCCAAACGAAGAGACGGCAUCUGACCGCUAUAUUGACAUUCCGGCGCCGCCCUUUGGCGACGAGCCUGGGACGUCCCUGGGCCACAAGCGCGCCUCGCCUCCAGAGCCCUACAACGCUCAACAGCAGGCGCCGAAACGACAGAAACCGACCCCGAAGCCGAUCUCGAAGCCAAAGAUCAAUGCCGUAUCGGAAUACCUAUCUGAUGCCGACGACACGCCGCGUCCAGGAGAGUUUAGCGAUGACGAUAUGGCAUCAUUCAUCUCGUACGGCGAGGAGAACGGACAGGCGCAAGACGCACGCGCACCGAGCACAAGCAUAGACGAUGGCUUCGACCUCACAACAGAGCCCACCCGCAAAUCUUCGUCCGGGUUAUCGGCAUCCGCAGCGCACAGGAGGGGUGCGAAGUUGUCUUCCGCGUCCUCGGUGGCGUCGGCACAGUCUGCUGUUGCGUCCAAGCCCUACUUUGUCCCAGCCGAACUGCCCGGCACCCAGCAGAGCGAAGACGACGACGUGCCGCCCCUCGAGGCGCUCAUCGGCGGGAGUACGGGGCGGAAACCAGCCUCGAGAAAAGGCGACACCGCUCACAGAACCAACAGCAGCGGGCAGGACAGCAGCGACGGACAGGUGCGCCAGAACAAACGCAGAGGCCGUAGACCAUUCCUGAUGGAAAGCGAUAGUGAAUGAGCAAACCGGAGCGCAGCGAGCAUUGCCGGACAUGGUUGACAUGGGACUACCGGUUUGCCCACGUGCGUAUUUAGCGGGGUGGUAGGUAUCUACGGAACUAAAAACAAAUACAAUCCACGGUUUAUUGACCUUCAACCUUCUCACCCACCA